GAAAUUAUUUGUUUUUUCAGAGUGUUCAUCCAUCCCUCUUUCUCUCUCCUCUUUUUUUAUUUUCUCUCUCCUCCUUUCCCCCUUUUCACUUCGAACUCAAAUCUCUUCGCAAAUCCCUCCAACGAUUUUACUAGCCGGAGAUCUCUCUCUCAGAUCUACUCCUCUUUCUAUUUCCUCAGAAAACUGCAGAAUCAGACUUUGAAGGGUCUGGGACUCGAACUGUUAAAAGGUCUGGUGCCCAGAUGAGAAGAACUGAUGUUAUUAGCAGUCGAAGGGGGAGGGUUUUUCUCUUCUUCAGCAACCGGGUAUAGUAAGGGUUUGACCCUUUUACUUUUGGGACAGAAGAGUGAUGAAAAGCACAUGAAAGUUGCUCCUUGGAAUCAAUACCAGUUGGUGGAUCAGGAAACUGAAAGUGACCUCCAGCUGGCUUCUGGAAAGAACCGACUUUCCCGCGGGUGCGCUACCUUUGUCUGUUUUGGUCGCGCUUCCGCAGGACUUGAUGGACAGUCGCCUCUUAAAGUAGGUCCAACCCAACCACAGGAUAUCUUGCCAAGUGGUCCUGCAAACGAGAGGGAAAAGGAACAGACUCAAGAAAGCACUGUUAUUGACGAUAAUUACAUUGCCAGAAAUAUCACUCUCAAGAGUAGCUUGAAGAAGUCAUCACAUGACACUUCAGAAACUAUCAAAAACAGUAGUGAUGAGAAGCAGCUCCUGGCUGAAGAGGAUAAUGAUCUCUUACACACAGAAAAGAGAAAAGUACAGUGGACAGAUGCAUGUGGGAAAGAUCUUGCAGAGAUCAGAGAAUUUGAGCUCAGGGAAAUUAUAACCCGAACGAACUUAAAAUGUAAGAGACACAGAUGAAGCUGUUACUGAGAGCUUUGAUUAUAAAGGAUUACAGUGAACAUGGGGAAUCUGAUGACGAGUUUGUCAACGGGAACGGGAAGACUUGUUCUUGCAGGAUAAUGUAAUUUGGGCCACUUGAUUGUUUGGACUUCUGCAUUGUGAAAGAGGCCUUAGAUAGGGCUGUUUGUUGAAAGGGGCUUAGCUGCUGUGAAUUAAGCAUCUUCAAGUAACUGAGCCUUUUAUUCGCCUACUGAGUGAGUUUGGGAAUACUAGAGCGAGGUCCUUCAGGUUUCGAGGGUACUGGGUGCAGCCAUCUGCUAUGAUUCGGCAUUCGGAUGCCUCUACUGGCUGAUUCAUUUUGUUAAUAUCUUGUCAAUUUUGUUUAAUUGGGUGGACCGUCAGAUUGGAUUUUGUCAGUCAUCUCUUUCAACCAUUUUUUCUUCCCUCUUUUCACAUCUACUGCUUCCCCAAUUACCCAUCCUUUUUUUGGGUUAUUAGAUCAUGUCCCUUUUCAAUUUCAUGACUAAGUGUGUAUUUGUUGCCGUAAUUAAAGUGUUUUUGUAUUCAAUCUUAUC